CUAAUUUGUUUCUAGGUGUUGGCUGCCAAUUGUAGAGUGCAAAUGAAAAGUUACGGAUUGGUGUCUUCGUUGACCAAAAUUUUCACUUGUAAUUUGUCUAAUUCAACCUAUCUAUUGAGGAUAGUUAACAAACCUUCUUAAGUGGCAAACCUGAAUUUAAGUACAAGUGAAUAGCCAACAGAAGUAGGCUACCUAACAGAAAGCAGAAAGGAAAAUUUUCAUCGUCUUGUGGCACACAAGAACAUUUUUUAAAAAUAGUGCCAUUUUGAUGCUAAAAUCCGUUACGCUAAACCUUAGAAAAAUAAACCGGAAAUUUUAGUGAUUGCUAAUGAGUGUGAAACAAGUGUGUGUCGCUCAAGCUGCCAUAAAAAAGUGUAUUUCAAACAAAUAGAAGAACAACCGGAAACCUGUAAUUUGUGUUGCAGAACAUAAAAAAGUUGACUAAACCAAUAAUAAAAAGACUGGUCGCUGGUCUAUGGAAUCGCAGGAACUAACAAACAAAUUUCAGGAUAAUAGCGAAAUGAUAGCAAAAUACAUUUAUUAAAAGCUAUUUAUUUACACCAUACGUUCCACAGUUGGAUACACAUGUGGUAAUAUUUUAAGUUUUCAGAGUUUCGAUAAACAAACGAUAAUUACGAACGAAAGGGAUUUAAAGGACAAAAUGUGUGUAUAGUGUAUGAAAAAAAAGAGUUGCACGACACCAAAAAAGCUUUGUCUAUUGACACUUGAUCUGUGGUCAGCUACUAGGCCGUGAAAAAGCAAAUACAAAUAGAUUGCCAACGUCACAAGGAUCUGCUAUUUCGUUAGACGAUACAAGAACGCUAAAAAAAAUCACAACUUCCGCCACUCCCAGCAUCACUGAGAACAUUCGCCGGUUACAGAAAUCGGGAAACACGUGAAUAAAAGAUUCAAAAACAAAAGAAAAAAUCAGUUUUAGCGAUAAAAGAUGAAUGAACUGGACAGUCUUAGGCAAGAAGCCGAAUCCCUUAAAAAUGCUAUACGGGAUGCUCGCAAGGCCGCAUGUGACACAUCCUUGUUGCAGGCAGCCGCCUCUCUGGAACCUAUCGGACGCAUACAAAUGCGCACCCGACGCACGUUGCGGGGCCAUUUGGCGAAAAUUUACGCGAUGCAUUGGGGCAACGACUCCAGAAACCUUGUCUCAGCUUCACAAGAUGGCAAGCUAAUUGUUUGGGACUCGCACACUACGAAUAAAGUGCACGCCAUUCCACUGCGAUCUUCGUGGGUUAUGACCUGCGCGUACGCUCCAUCGGGCAGCUAUGUUGCUUGCGGUGGUCUCGAUAACAUGUGUUCAAUUUACAACUUAAAGACGCGCGAGGGUAAUGUCCGUGUGUCCCGAGAACUUCCGGGUCAUGGUGGUUAUCUAUCAUGCUGCCGCUUCCUGGACGACAAUCAAAUCGUUACCAGCUCAGGUGAUAUGUCAUGUGGCCUUUGGGAUAUCGAGACUGGCUUGCAAGUUACUUCUUUCCUGGGCCACACAGGAGAUGUUAUGGCUCUUUCAUUAGCCCCGCAAUGUAAAACCUUCGUUUCUGGCGCAUGCGAUGCAUCUGCUAAGCUAUGGGAUAUUCGGGAGGGUGUUUGUAAACAAACAUUUCCAGGUCACGAAUCUGAUAUCAAUGCAGUAACCUUUUUCCCAAAUGGACAAGCGUUUGCAACAGGAUCGGAUGAUGCAACAUGUCGCCUAUUUGACAUACGCGCCGAUCAGGAACUUGCUAUGUACUCUCAUGAUAACAUAAUUUGUGGCAUAACCUCUGUGGCGUUUUCAAAGAGCGGUCGCCUGUUAUUGGCGGGAUAUGACGACUUCAACUGCAAUGUGUGGGACACGAUGAAAGCUGAAAGGUCUGGUAUUCUUGCCGGCCACGAUAACCGUGUAUCAUGUUUGGGAGUCACUGAGAAUGGUAUGGCUGUGGCAACUGGAUCCUGGGAUUCCUUCUUGCGUGUAUGGAAUUAAGCGAGAUUUAAAAAUUCAUUAUUGGGUGGGGUGGGGUCAACGGUUGCGCAGUCAACGGUUAGUGGUACACCAUCUACAUUGUGAUUUGAUGUACAUGCUUUGGUGUAACCCCCCUGUGCUUAAUUUAUAAUGAGUGUCUGCAGGUUUUGAAAAGGUGGGAGCAGCGACGUUGACUAGAAUGUAGACCACAACAACAAAGAACUUUAUAUACAACAUUAUUUAUAUUGCUAUAUACUUAUUAACUUAAAUUAUACAACAAACCAAAACGCAACAUGCAAAUAGACAUACACACGCAUACAAGAAUAUUAUUAGUGUAAAUUCAAAUCAGGAUUUAAUGAAGGCCCCGCUGAUAGUCAAUCAGUAAGUUAUUUUGUCAGAAUUCAGGUUACAGCUACGAUUUAAAACGUACGUACAGAAAACUUACUUCAUGUCUUAUUUGUUGAGUGGACGAGUGCACGACCAGGAGUACAACACAAUGACGCAUUUGUCGUUUGCACAUUGAAACAGUAUCAUUGAAGGCAUGUAUGACUUCAAACAAAAUACAAUUUUUCACGUGUGAACCUAACUUCAGAAAGUAAAUCCUGAUGAAGCGAAGUCAAAUAAAGUUAAAGCAUUUACAAAAUAUAAAAAUCACAGCAAAAACUAAAGGUAUAUUAAAAUUAUUGCGUAAAAAACUUAAAAAAUCAAGUAAUGAAACAAGUAAACAAAACACUUUAUAAAAAAUUUUCUUAUUAUGUUUAAGUCCUUAAUUUAUAUACAAAAAAAUUAAUAAUGAUUUAAAUAACAUAAUUAUGUAUUAGUGAACAACUAUUUACAUAUAAUAUGAUGGCCAUAUAAGCUACAACAAUAAAUUGAAAAACCACUUUAAAUCCUACAAUACAUAAACGAUUCAUAAAUGUUUAACAAAAUCUUAUACAUACAUACAUAUGCAUACAUAGAAUAGCGGAAGUGAUGGGCGGAAAAGUAAAAUAAAACAUACAUUUUGCAAUAACAGCGCUUGAAAAUAUAGAUACUAUCAUACACAAACAUUUUGUUCGAUUAUUUUAACCAUUUAUUAUUAGGUUUUCCAGUUUUUGAAUAUCUUAUUUUUAUCUGUAAGGAAAGGAUUUUUCCUCAUACAAAUAUAUUAAUUACUGUUUUUA